UUGAACCAACGGCUAGGCACCAACUUAGGCCUAGCCGAGAUAUUCAGGCAAUACACAAUGGGCCACACCGGCGACGGCCUAGCUUACUACUUGAAAAUAAGACCGGGCAAGGAAAAAAUCAUAACCGGCACCCCGGACAAAGAUAUGCACGACGAUGAUUUUUUCUGGGUGACCGGCAAUUACGAAACAGCCGAGGUGCCGGGCUGGUUCAUAAGCAAGGACUUCGGUUCUUCAUCUAUCCAAGCCUUGCAAGCCAACUACCAAUUCCCCAACGUCGAGGCAAUUCGGGCCGUGCUUAGGUACCGUCACCGAGACUGCAACGAAUUGCUCGGCUACACACCGACUUACAGAUAUUCUGCUCCCCGCCGGAGUAGAGUAACUGACUUCCUCAGAGCUCCUUCGCCACCUCCAGAUCCAACCCUACCAGACGUCCCAUUAAUCCGGUUAACCGACGAGCAAGAAAUGGCCAAAAGAUCUCGGAUCAAAAACCUUCUAACCGCGACCUCAGCCGAGAUACCGAGCGUCACCACCCGCUCCCCGGCUGCCGGUCAAUCGAGUGCAGCCGUGGUAGCCCUUGCUUCUCCAGCUCCAGCUGCCGGGCAAUCUGCCAGAGAAGCGCGCCGGGCUGGAAAGAGACCACGGGCAGAUCCCUCUGUCGAGCUCGUCGCCGAGCUGACAACCGAACAUCCAGCUGAAACUCCUGCUCCCGUGCCCGCUUGGCGUCCUCAGCUGAAGCACCGGGGACAGGACAUCCCGGCGACUGCAUCGAUCAAGGCAGACAAAGAACAUUUGCUUGCCUUCGAUCUCUCCAAAGCAUUUCUCCUACCGAGCGACGUGGUAGGCAGUGACCACGUCCCUGACACCCGGCUGGUAAAAUCUUCCGUGAAGUCCAUGGCCAGGAGGUAUUUUCCAGUCUCUGACAAGCCAAAGAAAUUCUCAGAUUUUUCCAGAAUUUCUCUGGUUCUGUUGAAUUCAGUUGAACAAUGUUGCUUACCUAAUGAAUCACAAUGA